AUGUGCAAAGUUUGGAAAGUUUUGGGUACGCUCUUUUUCGCGGUGCUGGGCUGUGUGCGGUGUCUUCCCGUGGAUGGCGAGCCUCUGUGUACGGCGAGGGGCCGCGCCAAGUACAGCCUUAUCUUCACGGGCAAGUGGAGCCGCACUGCCUUCCCCAAGCAGUACCCGCUGUACCGGCCUCCGGCGCAGUGGUCCCCGCUCAUUGUGGUCACCCACAGCAGUGACUACCACAUGUGGCGGGUGGGUGAAUAUGCCAGUAAUGGAGUGCGUGAGUUUGUGGAGAAAAGCGAGGCUUGGUCUUUGAUGCGAGAGGUUGAAGCAUCAGGCGAGAAAAUCCAAAGUGUCUAUGGAGUUUUCUCAGCACCAGCUAUCCCUACUGGUGUGGAACAGACUUCAACUGAAUUUGAGGUGCAUGCCAGGCAUUCUCUUAUGUCCUUUAUUGCUCGCAUUGUGCCAAGUCCAGACUGGUUUGUAGGUAGUGACAGUUUUGAUCUGUGUGAAGGAGAUACUUGGAAGGAGCAAAUCUCUGUAGAUCUGUAUCCCCAUGAUGCUGGAACAGACAGUGGCUUCACUUUCUCAUCUCCAAAUUUUGCUACUAUUCCCCAAGAGAUGAUCACUGAGAUAACAUCGAGUUCACCAAGUCAUCCCGCAAACUCGUUCUUCUAUCCCAGACUGAAGCAACUGCCUGCAAUUGCAAGAGUAACACUGACUAGGCUGAAGGAUAGCCAGCUAAUUGGGAUUUCUACAGUUCAGUCCAAUCUUUUUCCCAUGGGAAAUGAAAUAGAUGACUCUAGAUUCAAUAAGACCCCACUGGAUUGUGAAGUUUCCACAUGGUCUUCCUGGGGCUUGUGCAUGGGGAAAUGCUCAGAGAUGGGUAUUAAGCACCGCACUCGCUACAUCAGGUUGAAUCCAGCCAAUAAUGGUAACCCAUGCCCAGUGCUGGAGGAGGAGGAGCAAUGUGUUCUGCACAACUGCGUGUAACAGCACCACCCAGUGAUGACAAACCAUAUUGACAACCUUUGUUGGAUUUCAAGGGCUGAAUCUUACCAAAGAUGGGAUCCUCA